CACACCGUGCUUUGUCUCACACACAUUCUUUCGUUUUGAUAAAACUCUACUUGAUCAGUGAUGGCUUUAGCAGUUAGGAAUUUAGUAGCUCUGUUGAUAAUCACAACUCUUUGUCAAGUCUGUUUCGCUGUUGUUUACAAUGUCGGAGACUCUGCUGGGUGGACGCUGCCUAUUUAUGGGAAAGUCGAUUAUGAAAAAUGGGCUUCUCCUAAGAAGUUCCAUGUUGGAGAUGUUCUUGUAUUCAAAUACAAGAGGCUAUUUCAUAACGUGAAACAAGUAACCAAGCAACAUUUCAAGACUUGCAAUGCGAAAUUUCCCAUUGCUAUUUACACCAGUGGCUCCGACCAUAUCACCCUCAAAACACUUGGAGACUUAUAUUUCGUGUCUGGUUUUCCUGGUCACUGUCAUAUUGGUCAAAAGCUUCACAUCAAAAUCAUCCCAUUCCCAGUGAUCAUCCCGAUCCCAGUCAUCAUCCCAAUUCCUGUACCCCAAAGUAACAACACUAGUCCAGCACCAUCUCCGGCUUUUGAUGUUUUAUCGCCAUGAAGCUGCAACUGCUGCGUCCAAGAAACAUGGCUCCAUCUUUCCUAUCGCUCAAGCUCUGGUGGUCGUCUUUUGUCCCCGUAUCGAUCUUUAUAGUUUAUAUCACUGCUUUUAAUUAAUUUGGGUCGUCUCUCAGAGGUUUACUGUACCUUUAUGUAAUUUUUUAGUCUAUUCUAAUGGACAUGAGGUAGCAAGAUAAGUUUUUAUUGUGUCUGCAAACGUUGAUGAUCACGUGGUCGUAAUUUAUAGUUUGAUAAUUUAAUAAACAA